AGACCUCACGACCACAGCAACCUCUGAAGAGUUGAGUUUGUGGAGUGGACUAAGGCAACAUCAGUCACUACAGGUUUUUGAGACAUGACUCCUGCUGUCUUUCUGGUGAUCCUGUGCUUCGGAGUGGCCUCAGGUGCCCCAGCACGUGAUCCCAAUUUGGAUGCUGAAUGGAAAGCCUGGAAGAUUAAAUAUGCAAAAUCAUACAGCCCGGAGGAAGAAGAACUGAAGAGAGCAGUAUGGGAAGAAAACAUGAAAAUGAUCGAACUUCACAACAUGGAGAAUGGCCUGGGGAAGAAUGGCUUCACCAUGAAAAUGAAUGCCUUCGCUGACAUGACUGGUGACGAAUUCAGAAAAUCAAUGAACAAUAUUCUAAUUCCGGCUGCUGUGACAGAUCCAAGUGCCCAGAAACAGGUGUCUAAUGAUUUACCCGAUUUUAAGGAUUGGAGAAAGGAAGGCUAUGUGACUCCUGUACGGAAUCAGGGUAAAUGUGGCUCUUGUUGGGCUUUUGCUGCUGCUGGUGCCAUAGAAGGUCAAAUGUUCUCUAAAACUGGCAACCUCACCCCUCUAAGUGUGCAGAACCUACUGGACUGUUCUAAAACUGUAGGAAAUAAUGGCUGCCAUUGGGGUACUGCAAACAAAGCAUUCGAGUAUGUUUUUGAAAAUAAAGGUCUGGAGGCUGAGGCAACCUAUCCAUAUGAAGAAAAAGAAGGACCCUGCAGGUACAAUAGUGAGAAUGCCAGUGCUUAUAUCACAGAUUUUGUGAAGCUCCCUCCAAAUGAGAUUUACCUAUCGGUUGCUGUAGCAUCUAUUGGGCCCAUCUCUGCAGCAGUUGAUGCUUCUCAUGACUCUUUCAUCUUCUACAAUGGAGGCAUUUACCAUGAGCCAAAUUGCAGCAGCUAUUCUGUGAAUCAUGCAGUUCUGAUCGUUGGCUAUGGAUAUGAGGGAAAUGUAACAGAUGGCAAUAACUACUGGCUCAUCAAGAACAGCUGGGGUGAAGAAUGGGGCAUGAAUGGCUACAUGAAGAUUGCCAAAGAUCGCAACAACCACUGUGGAAUUGCUUCACUUGCCAGCUUCCCCAAUAUAUUCUGAGCUGCCUGUUGGUCACAAAGGAGGGCAUGGUGGAGACAGUGUUUAGUGCCUUCUACUUCACAGUAACCAGUCUCUCCUGAGUGCUUUCAACAGUUGAGUAGCUAAAAAGCUGCCAUGUGGUGUGGAAUCUGGAACCUGCUUGUUCUACAACAUGGCAAAUACCGCAAUUAAAUUCUGUACUGAUGUCUCUUCAUGAUUCCUGCAGAAAUUUGAUUUUUCAGUUUUAGUGAUUGUGCAAGUGGUAUCUUUUAAAAGGUUAGAUUGAAAUAUAGUUUGUAGCUUCUUUCUGUUUUGC